UGUCCCCUGAAAAGCCAUGUGGGGCUGCCUGGUGGCCCUCGUGGGCCUGUUCUUCCUGGUGCGCUGGUACCGCGAGAGGCAGGUGGUGAGCCAGCUGACAGACAAAUAUGUCUUCAUCACGGGCUGUGACUCGGGCUUUGGGAACCUGCUGGCCAGGCAGCUGGACAUGAGGGGCCUGAGGGUGCUGGCCGCAUGUCUGACAGAGAAGGGGGCUGAACAGCUGAGGUGGCAGACAUCGGACAGGGUGGAGACGGUGAUCCUGGAUGUCACACAGACGGAGAGCAUCACUGCGGCUGCCCAGUGGGUGAAGGAGCACGUGGGGGACAGAGGGCUCUGGGGCCUGGUGAACAAUGCUGGCAUCGCCAUGCCUUUAGCCCCCAACCAAUGGCUGACCAAACAGGACUUUGUGGAUGUGCUCAAUGUGAACCUGCUAGGGAUGAUUGAGAUGACUCUGAGCCUGCUGCCCUUGGUGAGGAAGGCCCGAGGCCGCGUGGUCAACGUCUCCAGUGUCAUGGGCCGCCUGUCCCUGUUUGGUGGUGGCUACUGCGUUUCCAAGUACGGUGUGCAGGCCUUCUCAGACUCACUCAGGAGGGAGCUCUCCCCCUUUGGGGUGAAGGUGGCCAUCAUUGAGCCUGGUUACUUCCCGACCAAUAUAGCAAGCAUGGAGAGCUUUCUGAAAUCCUUACAAGCCUCAUGGGACCAGGCCAGCCCUGAGAUCAAGGAGAUCUAUGGCCAGGAGUAUGCUGUAGCCUAUAUGAAAAUUGCUGCAACCCUCAGCCCCCCAGUUAGGCAGGACCUUGACAUGGUGACUGACUGCAUGGAGCACGCGCUGACAUCACAACAUCCCCGCACCCGUUACUCCGCCGGCUGGGAUGCCAAGUUCUUCUACAUCCCUCUGAGCUACAUGCCCACCUGCCUGGUGGACGCCAUAUUGCGUUGGAUUUACCCAAAGCCAGCCAAGGUCCUGUGAAGACACUAUUAAGACUCCUGAUGGUGCAGAGCUGGGCACAGUGAGAGAGGGAGGGGGACAAACUGGGGAGAGAAGGGUGCAGUGCCUACUCUGCACCUUUUAUGGGGUGGCAUGGCCCUGGGCAGAGGUAACAUCACCCUCUGAAGACAGUGGUAUACAGCUUGAGGGUGGGAGGCUUAAACCGUGACUCUGGCUAUGAGACCUGAGUAGACUCACGGGUAUUGGGGGAUGAUGCUGUCCUCAGCAGGACACCAGCAUAGGACACAGAAACCAAUUCCCCAUUUGUUGAAGCCUUGGUUUACUCAUGAAUAUUUUGCCUGAGAAUAAACAUUGCCAUGUUCACACUC